GGAAGCCUAUGUUUCCUUCUUCGUAUCCCGCCUAGUUCACCCCCGAAAGGAAGAAAUAGGUGCGCAAUGGUGUUCGUGUCCUCGCUCACUGCCACUUUGGCCGUUGCAUUGACGUUAAACCCCUUGGCGGUCCUCGGACACCCGGGAGAAAAGUAUGGAAAGCGAGAAGCGCUCGAGGAGAUGGGUAAUGCCUUUGUCGUCAACAAGAUGAACACGAGGGCUCUUGAGGCAUGUCAGAAUUCUCCCGCGGUAAAAGCUCGUAAAGAACGUGCCCUUGCUCGACGUGCGGAGAAAUUCGCGCAGCUUCGUCGUGAUAAAGGCAUUGAAGAUGCACCAUGGCUCCACCGACGUGACGCGGCAUCCCUCAGGAAAUGGGCCGCCCUAUCGCACAACAAGACGGGCGCGCUAGACUUUUCCAAGGAGACGCCCAGCAAGGACAUCUUCGGGUCGAACACGAGCUGCGUGCUGACGCCGGACAACGCCAACGGGCCGUACUUCGUGUACCAGGAGCACAUCCGCAGCGACGUGGUGGAGGGCACGGUCGGGGUGCCGAUGCACCUGGAGCUGCAGUUCAUCGACGUGCAGACGUGCGAGCCGGCGGCCGGCGUGCUGAUCGACACGUGGUCGUGCAACGCGACGGGGGCGUACAGCGGCGUCAGCGCGCGGGGCGAGGGCGGGCUGGGCACCACGUUCCUGCGGGGCGUGCAGCCGGUGGACGGGGACGGCGUCGUCAACUUCGACACCGUCUUCCCGGGCCACUACCAGGGCCGCGCCACCCACCAGCACCUGAUCGCGCACGUCGGCUCCGAGGUGCUCCCCAACGGCACGUACACGGGCGGCCGGGUGGCGCACCUCUCGCAGCUGUUCUUCGACCAGACGCUGCGCGACGCGGUCGAGGCCACCGCGCCCUACAGCACCAACCGCAUCCCCAAGACGAGCAACCUCCAGGACUGGUUCACCGGGUACGCCGCGACGGCCGAGUACGACCCCUUCCCCAACUACAUCCUGCUCGGCAACAAGCUCGAGGACGGGCUGUUCGUCUGGGCCGAGCUCGGCCUGAACACGUCGUCGAAUUGGGAUCAUUACGCCCCGUAUGCGUCGACCUGGAAGGAGGGAGGCGGCUAUGAUAACCCCGCCUUUGACUUCUGGGCCGUUGCUAGCCCGCCGCCGACGCAUGGUUGAGACUUUUGGUGGUGCG